GAAAGUUUUCAUUUAACAAAAUGGCGUCGACGAUCAAAGCGCCAGUGUACUGCAUUUGUCGACAACCUUACGACGCUUCACGGUUUAUGAUAGAAUGUGACAGUUGCCAAGAUUGGUUCCAUGGAAGCUGCGUAGGCGUACGUGAAGACCAGUCAGCAGAUAUAGAGGAGUACCACUGCCCCAACUGUGAACUCAAGACAGGACCACUCAUAUUGAAGAAGAGGAGAAAUUGGCACAGGCAUGACUACACAGAAGAAAGCAAUUUUAGUAAGGCCGUACAGUCUGGCACCCUGGUCUUCAUCAAGAGUCUCCGGAAUAGGACAUUCAGCGAGGGAGACGACGUCCUGCUCAGACUGCACGGCUCAGAGCUCAACGUGCCUUACCUGGAGAGGCACGGCUUCACCCAACCCAUCCUGGUCGAGAGCAAGGAGGGAUUGGGCCUACAGGUCCCCCCGCAAACCUUCACAGUGGGCGAUGUGGAAAGAUACGUCGGUUCAAUGAGAGACAUAGACGCCAUCGACGUCCCUCGUCAGAACGAAUGCAAGAUGCCAAUGAGGCAGUGGGUGGAGUACUACAACAGCCCCAACAGGGACAAAGUGCUCAAUGUCAUCAGUCUGGAGUUCUCAGGCACCAAACUAUCCAAUCUCGUCCACGCCCCAACAGUAGUCCGCGAGAUCAGUUGGGUGGAUAACAUCUGGCCUGACCAGCUACCUGAGGACUGCCACUACGGCAAGCCAGAGGUCUCCAAAUACUGCCUGAUGGGUGUCAAAGAUAGCUACACAGACUUCCAUGUGGACUUUGGGGGAACGUCGGUCUGGUAUCAUGUAUUACGGGGAGAGAAAGUCUUCUUCAUGAUCAGACCGACGAUAGAGAACCUCCAGAAGUAUGAGGACUGGAACUCCUCACCACAUCAGAGCGAGAUCUUCCUUGGUGAUAGAGUCGACUGCUGCUACAAGUGUGUGAUCAAGCAAGGGCAGACGCUGUUCAUACCCACAGGUUGGAUUCAUGCAGUAUUAACGCCAGUCGACUCGCUGGUAUUUGGUGGCAAUUUCCUUCACAGUUUCAAUAUUCCUGUACAAAUUCAGAUCUAUAAUCUCGAAAGAAGGUUAAAAACGCCGCCGCGGUUUCAGUUUCCCUGGUUUGAGACGACGAUGUGGUUUGCUGCAAAGCAUCUCUUUGAAGUCUUCAAAGAUUACAAUGAGGAUUCUAAGAAGCCUCCUCCCUACCUCAUACUUGGUGCUAAAGCACUCAGUGAAGCCCUCAAGAAUUGGACACGCAAGAGAGAGCAAAGGAAAAUUAAGCUUGAAACACCUAAUCUGAAGCAACAUCAGCUGGAGAUCCCAGAGAGUAUACAACACUCACAGCUGCUCAAGGAUCUGAACAGAGAAAUCAAACUGUUUGAGAAGCCCUCGAUGAAUAAACUGAAAAACAAAGGCAACAAGCACAAGAAGAACAAGAAGGACAAGAAGGGCAAAGACGCCAAGACCAAGAAGAGCAACGCGGGGAAGAAAUCGGACGUCCAGAGAGCCACCAAGGACAAGGACAAGAAGAGGAAAAGCAACGCGGGCCCCGCCAAGGUCAAGAAGGAGACCAACGGGAAAGCCAAGAAGGCCAAGAAGAAGAAGAAGAAAGGCUCUGUGGAGGAGGAGGAGGAGGGGAAGCCAGGAUCAGCGAGAGGGCUUCUGGAAAAUAGAAGUUCGGGCAAAGCAGGGCACCGACUGCCGGACCUGAUCAGCCAUCCACUACUGAAAAAGCAGCCCUACAAUGCUGAAGCAAGCAAUCACAAGCCAAACCUCAAGAUGGUGUUUCCAAAAAGGAGUCGCGGUGACACCUCCGGAACAGAGAGCGAAGAUGAGAAAAACAAAGGGGUCUCCAAGAGUUUGAAACUUGUCCUGUCAAAUGGCAAGAUAAUCAGUAGAGGAGGGUCACCAGUCCAUGGCAACUCGUCGGAGGGUUUCCAGUCUCUCUUUGGGAGCAAAGACAGCCGGCGGAGGCGAGCCUCCAGCCAAGACACGACCAGCGAGAGCGAGGAUGUUAUCGUCGACGACGACGAUGAGGAUGCCUUGACGACGAGAGACAACCAGAGGAGGUCGUCCCAGAGCCUGAUGAGGAGUCGGGAGAUGCUGGCGUCCAAGGCUCCGCUGAAACUCAGACUAUCCUUCAACGGCAAGCCGGUCUUGCCCAUCGGUACGUCGUCGUCUCAAGAUAGCUCCCAAGACUCCAGCAGGUUGACCACAACACAGAGUGACCGAGGGACUGGAUCGGACUCAGACUCGGACUCAGAGGACGGCGAUGUCCUGCCGUCUGACAGAAGCCCCAGGCAAUCAUCGCCAUACAACAACGUGGAUGCCUUGUUGCAGGCCAGUCAGUGGGACCAAUCCAGACCAUUGCCCACCAUCAGUCUGGCGGACAUAGAAGCAGAACUCAAACACCAGCCAGCAUCUCCCGGUACCCAGGACGCCAUUCAAGGGAUGCUGUCUAUCGCCAUGCCAACCCCCAAUCUUGCCCUGAACCGCCAAUCGUCUCUGGCCUCCUCCUCCUCGUCGACUCACUCCAGCCCCUUCCUCCUGCCGGGACAGAAGAGGAAACGAGAGAGCUCGUCCACGGCGGACACGGAGGAAGACCUGCCCAACUGCUUCCAGGAUUCCAAAUAUGUUUACCCCUCCCUGGAUGACGAUGGAGACGGACCCCUCUUCAAACCCCGCAGCAAGAACCCAAAGAAGACCCCCAAGGACGCCCCGUGGAACCCCAAGGCUAAGGUGUGCAGUCUGACGCCCCGGGCCAGGGUGCCAUCCAGGGACAACGCCAAGAGACCCAACAUUGAGACGGGGCUUGCCGAGGCUGCAGCGAGACUCGCGACAAAGCCCCGGCCCAAGAGGCAAUACAUCCGACGGAAGCCUCCGGCUCCCCCGCCCAAGGCACCGGACCCGUACGACUUUGACGACGACGAGCCCUCCACCAGCGGGUCCAUUCUCUCCCAGUCCCUGGGGCCACUGCACCUCAGCGCCCCUCCCAACGACAUACUGGAUCUGACCCAGAGUGCUCCCAGCUCAGUCUUAAGCAAUACUGCCAAGACACUGGAUGCGGGAAAAGGAUUAAAAAGACCCAAGAAAGGCAUGGCCACAGCCAAACAACGGCUCAGCAAAAUCCUGAAACUGAAGAAAGGCGGCCGACUGAUCAUGUGACGUCUGACAUCAUCCAUAUGACCCUUGACCUGAGCCAUCAUCCCUUUUUGGGGUCUUACUGUAAAUUUGUAUACAUAAAAAGAAUUUGUAUCUCAUGCGGAGGUCUUUUUAUUCUUGUGUAAAAAAAAAUGUUCAUAUCAGCCUGUUAAAAAGAAGAAGAAAAAAAGGAAAACAAUUUUUUUAAAGUAAAAUUAUGUGAUUAUUUUCAUUUCUUCCUAAUCUUGUUUUGGAAAAAUCUCGACAAUCCGAACGUAUUUAUUUAUUUUAUUUUUCAUCUUAUUCUCUCAAAAAUUCUUCCUGGCAUAUUUUUUUAAUGCAAUCCAAAGAUUCUUAAAUCUGUUACAUAUCAAGCUUUAAGGAAAAAAAACUUAACAGGUUCAAACUUUAAAACAGAAAAAAAAGAAAUGUUUUUAUCGAAAUGGUAAUGUUUGUACCACGGAGGGGACAUUUGUGACGUGGUAUGUCAUGGUGAGGCACUUUUGGGCAAGAAGUCAAAUUUGAGUUAUUGCAAUAUUAGUAAAAUAUGGACCUUGCUUCUUCCAAACGCCGCUUUGUUUUUUUGAAAUUGGAUAUGCCAAAGCAAAGUUGCUAAAGUUUGAAAUGUGCCUCUACUUUUGCAUCAUUUCAGAACGAAACCUUGAACAGAGUGUCCUUUUGUGAUACAUCAUGCCUCUCUAUAAGUGUUUUAUAAAAUACUUUAUCGAUGUAAUUUCAGUUUGAAACUUCUACGGGACAUUUUUAAACAUUAUUAGCAUCACAAAUUUCAAGAAAUCUCAAAAUCGCUGAAAAUCACCCCGCUGGCAUUUUAUAGCUGCUUCUCCAUUCGUAUUGCUCUGCCCAAUUCUGCCUGGUUUUGACAUAUCACGUUACAUUUGUGGAACGAGCCCAUAAGUAAGUUUACUUGAAUCUUCUUGCAUAUCAACACUGCCAUUAUGAGAUAAUUGAUAACAUUUAUGCAGUAAACAACAGGUACCCGGACAGUGGUGCACUCAAGGGGGGCGGGGGGGGGGGGGCUUGAGCAACCCCUCCCCCCCCCACACACACACACAUGACAUGCGCGGUUGCUACUUAUUCGUGGGUUCAGUGUUUGACACCACGGAACGACAAUCGGCUGAUGAGAAUCAUGUCCCGAAUACGGAUUUCUGGAUUGUAUCACAAGAGGGCGCAAUUCAAAAUAUGACUCGGCAACUUUUGAAUCAGAAAUCAAGUUCUAGAAUAUUGUGUUUUCUCAAAUAUACAGCAUUCGUACAGCUAAAAGUUCAUCAGGUUAGUUGUGAAAGCACUCGUCUUUAGAUUUUGAGCACUUUGGUGCUUCAAAUGAAAACAAAAAUGCACAGCUGACAAAUGGUCCAAUCUAUACCUUUAAUCUGAGUGGCAUUAAGCAGAAAUUUUGAACAAAUGACAAUGAAUCAGUGAUUUUGGGGCAAUAUUACGGAGCUGCUAAGUACAGAAGUUUGAAAAGAACAGACAAAUAAACUUUGCUUAGCAAGACA